UUGUGCGUCAAUGAAAAGCUAAAUACUCCCUAUAUAUACUAACGAAAAAAAAACCUCUUCUAUAUACCGAUUAAAUAAUUAGUUAACUAAACUCAUAUUUACGUACUGAAAUUCCGUCGUGCGCAAUAAUAAUGGCUCUACCGAAUCAACAGAGUGUCGAUUGUCCAAGCUUUAAGCUCCUCAUUGUCGGCGAUGGAGGAACUGGGAAGACGACCUUCGUUAAAAGGCAUCUCACUGGUGAAUUUGAGAAGAAGUACGAACCCACUAUUGGAGUUGAAGUUCACCCAUUGGACUUCACCACAAAUCUCGGGAAAGUUCGUUUCUCAUGCUGGGAUACUGCAGGACAAGAGAAGUUUGGUGGCCUUCGAGAUGGUUACUACAUCCAUGGUCAAUGUGCUAUUAUAAUGUUUGACGUCACAUCCAGGCAGACUUACAAGAACGUCCCUACAUGGCAUCAUGAUCUCUGCAGGGUCUGUGACAAUAUUCCAAUUGUUCUUUGUGGAAACAAGGUUGAUGUGAAAAACAGGCAGGUUAAAGCAAAGCAGGUUACGUUCCACAGGAAGAAGAAUCUGCAGUACUAUGAGAUCUCCGCAAAAAGCAACUACAACUUUGAAAAGCCUUUCUUGUACCUUGCCAGGAAGCUUGCUGGGGACCCUAACCUUCAUUUUGUGGAGUCACCUGCCCUCGCUCCUCCAGAAUUUCAAAUUGACCUUGAUGAACGAAAAAGGAUUGAAGCAGAGCUUGAAAAUAGUAUUCGCCAACCAUUGCCAGAUAAUGAUGAAGACCUAUUCGACUGAGGAUGAGAAAUUGAUUUAGCUUUUUAUGAAGAACACUUUCUACUAGUAUUAUGGCGUUAUCUAUGUUUGUGACUUGAUUUUUUAAUUUUGGUUGCAAGAUUGCGGUUUAGAAAAAACACAAGUGUGAUAUAUAUAUAUCCUUGAUGAGUAGUUAAUGAAAUCUGGAAGCGUUUCUUUGUCACUUUUCAUUCCUUACAAAUGGAGAUUCAGAUGGGGGAGGGGUAACUUAUCAAUAAAAAAAGGAUCAUGAAGCCAAGCCUCGGCCAAGUCUGACCACAGGGCUGGUUAGGACUGGGGCCCAACCUCAUCAAGCCAAGCCAAGAACCAAUCUCGGCAUCCAUCUCUAUUCAGAUUUUUUUUUUCAAUAAUGGAUCAUGAAUGACUCUUAAUUAAAUGUUUAGCUUGCUUACAGUCUAA